AUGCCUCACCGCGCAGCCUCUCCGGCUCAGUCGGAGGCUGAGUUCGACAUAUCGAAGAGUUUGUUUGCAGCCAACGAUGAUUCCGAUAGGGAGCUUCCUUCGAAAAAGCAGAAGCAGACCAAGAAACCGGAACCACAAGUCCUUGAUAUGAUGGCAGAGAUAGAAGGGGAGGAAGACGAUGGCGACGCGACAUUUAUUGCCACCGAGCAGUCAUUGAUGAACCGCAAAGCAUCAGCCUUGAAGGGCCGGACCGUGAAGAGAGGCGGCGGUUUUCAAGCAAUGGGUCUAAAUCCAAAUCUGCUGAAAGCAAUUACACGAAAAGGAUUCUCAGUUCCAACUCCCAUUCAAAGUAAAACUAUCCCGCUUUUAUUGGAUGAUCAAGAUGUGGUGGGUAUGGCGCGCACCGGAUCUGGAAAGACGGCCGCAUUUGUUAUUCCGAUGAUUGAAAAGUUGAAGAAUCAUAGCAGCAAGGUUGGCGCCAGAGGCUUAAUUUUAUCACCCUCGCGUGAACUGGCGUUGCAGACUUUGAAGGUAGUUAAGGAACUUGGCCGAGGAACGGAUCUGAAGUGUGUGCUCUUGGUUGGAGGCGACAGUCUCGAGGAACAGUUCGGAUACAUGGCUGGGAACCCUGACAUUAUUAUUGCUACCCCGGGUCGAUUCCUUCAUCUAAAAGUGGAAAUGAACCUCGACCUAUCUAGUAUUCGCUAUGCUGUAUUCGAUGAAGCCGAUCGAUUGUUCGAAAUGGGUUUUGCAGCUCAGCUCACCGAAAUUCUCCAUGCGCUACCUUCAUCCCGCCAGACACUCCUAUUUUCUGCCACCCUCCCAAAAUCUUUGGUAGAAUUUGCUCGCGCAGGUCUACAAGAACCUACUCUUAUUCGUCUGGACGCCGAUAGCAAAAUAUCUCCGGACCUCCAAAGUGCAUUUUUUACCGUCAAGUCAGCAGAUAAGGAGGGCGCAUUGUUGCAUAUCCUUCACGAUAUCAUCAAGAUUCCGACUGGGGAAACUGCCGCUGGAAAACGCGCUGCAAAGGAAGCGAAGCAAGAGAGCAGAAAUCCUAAGAAACGGAAACGGCCAGAAACGAAGGGACAGGGAGCAAACAACAUUCCGACAGAGCAUUCAACAAUUGUGUUUGUGGCAACAAAACAUCAUGUCGAAUAUAUCGCAUCGCUUCUUCGGGAAUCUGGCUUUGCAGUCUCGUAUGCAUAUGGCUCCCUGAAUCAGACAGCCCGUAAAAUCCAAGUGCAGAACUUCCGGGUUGGAAUCUCGAAUAUACUGGUUGUUACGGAUGUGGCUGCUCGAGGAAUUGAUAUUCCUGUUCUUGCAAACGUCAUCAACUACGAUUUUCCCUCUCAGCCAAAAAUCUUUAUUCAUCGUGUUGGACGUACGGCCAGAGCAGGUCAAAAGGGCUGGAGUUACAGUUUAAUCCGCGAUUCGGACGCCCCAUAUUUAAUAGAUCUACAAUUGUUCCUUGGGCGGCAACUUCUUAUGGGGAGAGCUGCUACAGAAAGCGUGAACUAUGCGGAGGAUAUUGUCGUUGGUAGUCUGCCACGGAAGUCUCUUGAGAGCCAUUGCGAAUACGUGGAUAAACUAAUCAACGAGGACAUUGAUGUUGAGGGAUUACGCUCAGUUUCUAUCCGAGGAGAAAAGCUCUACCUGAGAACUCGAAACUCUGCCUCAGCCGAAAGUGCUAAAAGGGCAAAGGACCUCGUCGCUGCUGAUGCAUGGAGUACAAUGCAUCCGUUAUUUAAUGACGAGUCGAGCCAAUUGGAAGCUGAGAGAGAACAAAUGCUGGCCCGAGUUGGAGGGUACAAGCCUCAAGAAACGGUCUUUGAAGUCAUGGGUAGACGAGGAGGGAAGAAUGGGAAUGAGGAGGCGGUAGAAGUGAUGCGCAAGAUACGUUCUGUUAUGGAAAGGAAGAAGGUACGAAGGGAGUUAGCAUCGCAGAGCUUGCCCACAGCACCAUUGCUAAACGCGCAAGGGACGGAAAUUGAUGAUGAUAGUGAUGGAAAUUUGAGUGAUGUCUUGGAUGACGAUGAUGAUGCAGCAGUUCAAGACCCCGAUAUGUCUCUCGCCGAUGAAUCAGAUUUGGAAGUGACAUUCUCAUACCCAAAACAAGGGAAAUCCUCUUCAAACCCCCAGGAUGGAAAUGAAAGCAACACUUUCCAAAACCCCGAAUACUUUAUGUCAUACACCCCUACCUCUAUCUCGCUUACAGAGGAUCGUGGCUAUGGCGUCCACACCGGCUCUAAUUCCAACACCAACUUUGUAGAGGCAUCUCGAGCUGCCACAAUGGACCUCAAUGGUGAUGAGGGAGCUCGUGGCCUUGGCGGAGCGAGUUCAAUUAAGCGUUGGGACAAACGCCAUAAGAAAUAUGUCCUGCGUCAAAACGACGAGGAUGGUUCCAAGGGGGAAAAACUUGUGCGAGGUGAGAGUGGAGCGAAGAUUGCUGCAAGCUUCCGCAGUGGCAGGUUCGACUCCUGGAAAAAGGGGAAGAGACUUGGCCGGAUGCCCAGGGUGGGAGAGAUGGAAAAUUCCAAUCUCGGCAGUGCUGGGGGUAUACCUGGUAGGAAAUAUAGACACAACAAAGAACAAGCUCCUAAGGCUGCGGACAAGUAUCGUGGCGACUACGACAAGAUGAAGAAGAAGGCAGAGGCAAUGCAACAACGCCGGGAAGAUGCAGGGCUGCCGACGUACGGCGGCAAGAAGAAUGUCAAGAGUGAGUUGAGGAACUCCGAGGACGUACGGAAGGCCAGGAAUCAGCUGGAAAAGAGAAAGGAGAAAAAUGCACGACCUUCAAAGAGAGGUAAAGGUCGAUAG